UCUCCUUAUCGCGAGCUAAGGGAGCUUGGACCAUCCUUGGGGGUCUCGAAUUCCCCUGGCUGCCCCUGAAAGAGGCGACGUCACAGUGGAGGAUGCGCCCAAGGCCCCAAAUGCAAUGGCACUGAUUUGGCGCGCAUCUUGACCCCGCGGUUUCCACUCGUCUGCUGUCACCAGCCGAACAGCAUAUUAGGUAAUUCACUGCUGGGUGCCCCACAGCUUCCUUUCCUCGGAGGUCAGGCAACAUCACGGACUGUGCUCAUUCAACCUCGAGUCUUGCUAACGCCAGUUCCGCCCUUGAGGUAGGCCUUGGAUACCGAGCCUUCAACAGCACCCUAAUCUUCCCAAAAGAAUCAUUGACUGCUGACGAUAUCAUGUCAUUCUCCAACAUCUACACCCAUCGCAAGGUCGCGGAAACGGCGGCCAAGGGCUGCGAUGUCUGCUACCGUGCCACAAGUAGCGUCCUGGUCGCCCCCGAAAAUAAGGACUUUUUCUACGUUUGCCCCAGUCAUCUGAAAGACAAGAACUUCUGCUCCCCUAUCAUCGACAAAGAGGCCGUCGAAGCGAAGAAGAAGAAGGCUCUCGAGGACGAGGUUGCGCGUGUGAAGAAGGAGUACGAAGAGAAACAAAAAAAGAAGAAGGAGAAAGAAGAGAAGGACAAGGAGAAAGAGAAAGAAAAAGACAAGGAGAAAGAGAAAGACAAAGACGACAAAAAGACAGAGGACGAGAUGAAGGAAGACAGCGCCAAGGGCGGCACCGAAACCCCAUCUCCGGCUGCGGAAGAGGAGCCACGUGUGUUCGCACUUCAAAAGAGCUUCUUCGGGGCCCGACUUGAAAAGAAGCGACAAAUGGAGAUCGCAAAGAGAAACCGGGAACGCCUUCAGCAACCGAACCUAUUUCCAUCAGUUCCGAAAGGCAUGCCGGGUAGUUGAGAGAUAUUCACCACCGAAGCCCGAAUGACGGGACCGCAGUACAAGCACAAUCGCCGGUUCCACAGCCAUUUCAUGACCGUCAGCCCACUCGGAGCACAUGAUUUUCCAUGCCACCACCCGGAUCAACCUGUCCUCAUAUACCUGCUUGGCUGUAUAUACCCCCAAGUCAAGAUGGUGCCUAUGACUAGGACAGGGAUUCUAAAGCACUUUCUGUCCUAAUCAGUCCUGCUGCAUUAGCUCUCUCUAUCUGGAGUCGGCGCCGGCUGUCAUCCUUUCUCGUGCGGACAACGCUUCGAGGUUGCAUUCCACUGGGAAAAAGACAUCAUUGUCCAAGGAACAGCUCGUCAUUGGUCCAUUUACGUCUCUUAGGUUGCGACUUUGGUUUACCUAUAUGCAGGUAAGACGACUGCAGUGGCCUUGGUGGGCAGGCGAGUUGCUGGGGAACUACAAGCUGCCGUGGAGGACACUUCCGUCAGUAUCCUUGUCGGCGAUCAUGGGCGUGUGACUAUGAGACCUGGCAACUUCUCACUGGCCGAGCCAAGGAUUACUCGAGAGAUCCAGGGCUUCGAUCUGGUGCGGAGGAUCAUAGCGGUUGUUUGCCGAAGGACUAGAGACUUCCGAGGGAGAAAACCUACGAUGAUUCGGUUUACCCCGCUAACCUCGAUGCUCGAAGGAUGCACAGCUGGGGUCAAUUGGGUAGAUUCAUGUUGUUUGGGCCCUUGCUGUCGGGUCAACGAAGGAAGCCGGCGAUAGGAUCACGCGGACGACUAAAGGCCGAAGAUGCCGCCCCACGGCGAUGGAACCCUCUAUGUUGCCAACAGCACAAAUUUCAUCAUAUAUCCUCCACUGAUUUCCUCUUGGCCAUCUCAAUGCAGUGCAUACUGCGAAUCCCUAUACGCCCUGAUUCGUUCGAGGCCCGAGGAGAGGGCACACACGCAAAGUUUGCGCGGCAGCGUAAGCCAUGACGCAUGUCAGCACUAGGCCUGACAAGGCACUUGAGUGGCGUGAAGUAGACAGCUGGAGUCCCAUGAAGCAGCAAGCGAGGAUGGCACAGGCCGCCCCAACCUGCAGGAAAUGGUGUUGAUGGUGGCAUCUUCCCGAGACACUACUGGGAGACUGGAAAUAUGUGCUGCCGAUACGUUCGUCGUGGUCCACAAGGCCAAAAGAAACACCCCCAACAUCCUACGGUAGACGGUAGGCGGCAUGCGUCUCCGUCCAAGAGAAGCUUAGGGCUGACACGGACUGCUGGAUCCGCGUGCUACCCGAUGUCAAUCGGAUGGCGAUCAAUCGACACGCCUUGGUGAGCACUGCUGCGAAGAGUUCCUCUUUUAGAAGUCUCUCCCGAACGUUUGGUGCAUAUCGUAGCUAGCGCUUAAUACGUCUGCUAAAUCCCUCCUACAACUUACUUCUUCAUGAUUCGAGAAGCUGUAGCUUAGCUCCUGCCCAGCAAGCGAAUUAACAGUUUAUGAAUAUUGAAGGGUGUGAUGAGGCUCCUACGAGGCCAAUUCUGACUCUCAAGCUGGGCGUGGCUUACACUACUCCAGCCCCUCCAUAUUACCGGUACUUCCCAGCCUACAACCUGCUUAUGAGGUUUCAGUCAUCUCUCCGUAAAUCCUCGGGGCAUGGAGAAAUGGAUCCCUGGAAUUUCCAAAGUCAUGGCAACGGUAAGUGCCGCGAGUGAGCAUGUACAGGAUCAGGGCAAUUUGCUUAUUCGGGCAAUACGAAACGGGGAGGGCCCAAAGCCCGCUCAAACCAACGUCGAGUUGUCGGCUAGUGCUCUCUGCCUCGGGCGGCCGCCACAGACAUGCAUACGCACGCUGACAUCGGCAAGGGGCAGCGGGCGUGGGCUCAUACUAAGGUGUUAACGCCGCAGACGAAGAUAGAGGCGGGAUUCUCCAGGGUGCAUGUAGGCACCGUAAGUACAUCUAUGCUAACUGCAUGGUCACAGAAAGCCUUCUGGUUUGAGCCCCCUGGUUCAGGUCCUGGCUACAGGGCAG